AUGUCGAUGUUGCAGGGAUGCGCGGAGGGCCGCUCCGCAGCUACCUGGGUGGACUGGAACUUCUACGGACACCAGGUGGUGACGCACCUCGUGCCCGGCUACAACGCCACUGCCCAUCACAACGCGGUGGACGGCGACGCGGUGCCGGUGCCGCAUUGCGGGGCAGUGCUGAGCAAAGAGCAGUUUGAAGAGCUGGCAGAGCGUUUACGGCAAAAUGGAGUCAAAUUUGUCAUCGAGCCGCACCUGAGAUUUGUGGGCCAGCCUGGGGAGCAGCUGACCAUGUUCUUCACAGACCCCUCCGGCAAUGCCCUGGAGUUCAAGGCGAUGAGUCGCCCCGAGAACCUCUUCGCGCGGUACACCGUCACCGAAUGA